AUGGCCACUAUAGCCGAGCUUCCCAACUAUCCGCAGUAUGAUGGAGAAGAGCUGCGGGAAUGGGCUACCUACAUGGCACGUCAAUUAGCACUCCAUAUAGCUGGACAGUCCCCUUCUAAGCCUCUCCGUGCCGUGAAGGCUAUCGCGUGGGCACUUGGAGAUGGCAACUGUGAAGCUAGACUCGGCCAGAAUCCGAUGAAGAUGGUCAAUGAGAUGACAAUAGCCAGUGGUGUUCUAGAUGGCGUUGUUCAGGUUGUGACGAAAUGGUCUAAGGGCGGCAGUUCCACUACAAUUGGUAUUGGAACUCUCAUUGAGCCAAACGUCGUCGCAGUAUGCGGUCAUCUUCUUAGAAGUGAUAAUGACUAUGCCGUUGAGGUGGAGGUCAUCGCCGGAAAUCGAGCCAGAGUUAUGGGUAACUACGUUGUUGUGCCUAAGAAGUGGCUUGUUCGACUCGAUGCUUAUCACGAGAAUGACAUCGGCAUGAUCCAUCUUGAAAAGCCGCUUGAAGGGGUGCACCCCAUUGACUAUGUUCAAACCCCAUUCACAGAUUCGCUCUCGGGUCGCAGCAUGCUCGGGUCCGUUUACGGGUUUCCAGAAAGAUUUCCUCAAUUAUGCGUCAGCGAGAUGAAAGUCCAAUUCUCCUUGACCCGCAACUCAGGAUGGGUCGAACACACCGGUGAUACCAUGAAAGGAAACUCAGGUGGUCCUAUUGUGGACAUGUACGGGCGCCUUGUUGCUGUCCAUGGUGGAUGGAAAUGGGCGAACAAAAAAAAGACUAAGAUGAUCAAUGUUGCUGCACCCGUCAACAGGAUGGGCAACGAUUUCGAUGUCCUUCGCGAGAUCUUAAUUUAUAUGACGGUCAAUCCUGGUGCCUCAUUCAAGGUCGGCGCAAAGUUCUUAGCUUCGAAGGCCGGGGGCGUCACCGAAGUCACUGCCAUCCGGCACUAUAGUGGGUCAUUGCCCAAAAUCGCAUUUGAGUGGCAUUGA